AUGACUACGUACUUUGACACUCUUUCCAAGUCCUUUGCAGAUGUCCAGCUCGAGCCCGGCGUCAACACGGCAGAGUUCCUCGAAGCCAGCAGAGGCCUCGUCAAGAUGUUCGCGAUUCGACGACGAUCCCCUCUGGUCGACUGCUCCGUAGACCUCCUGGGUUCUGGCCCAUUCUCGCUUGUCCAAUCGGAUAUCAACGGAAAUAUUAACAAAAUCCAGACCCGCCUUACCGCAGACCCUGUGAAUAGUGCAACUCUGGAGGGUAUGUUAGCAGCAGAGGCCAAGGGCUCGGACAAGACUGCCACCCAAGGCUUGCUUUGGUUGCUCCGAGGUCUUGAGUUUACUUUGGUUGGCCUGCAGAGUUCGCUCGCGAAUCCAAAUGAGGAACUCUCCAAAAGCUUCACCACCUCCUACGGAAAAACGCUCAGUAAUUUCCACAACUUCCUCGCCAGAGGUGCCUUCAAGGUUGCGAUGGCAGCCUGUCCUGCUCGCGCAACAUUCUACAAGAAGCUUGCAAAGCCGUCAGAUGAUCUUCCUGAAGCGGCAUCGCAAGAAAAGGUUCAAGAGCAAGGCGAAAAGUGGUUGAAUGGCCUCGAGGUAAUCAUCAAGCGCAUGAAAGCCCUCUACGCCGAGCACGAUUACGGCAAGGGUCUCUAA